GGUUGUGGAGGCUGAAAGUCCAAGAACAUGGCAGCAGUGAGGACCUCGUGCUGCUCUAAUUCAUGGUGGGAAGCGAAAGGGCAAGCAGCCCCCGAAGGUGCCAUGACUCAGCAGCCCCAGGAGGGCUUCGACCGCAGCGUGGAGGACGCCGAGGCCUGGAUGGCGGCCGUGCAGGAGCAGCUGUGGGUCAACGACGACACCCGCGGGCCCCGCGCCGCCCUGGAGGCCAGGCUGCAGGAGACCGAGAAAAUCUGUCAGCUGGAGCCCGAGGGGCGCGUGAAGGUGGAUGUGGUGUUGCGGGCGGCCGAAGAGCUCCUGGCGUGCUGCCCCGAGGACCAGAAGCCGGAGAUCCUGGCCCGGCUGAAGGACAUCAAGGCCCAGUGGGAGGAGACCGUCACCUAUAUGACUCACUGUCACAGCCGCCUCGAGUGGGUGUGGCUGCACUGGAGCGAGUACCUGCUGGCCCGGGACGAGUUCUACCGCUGGUUCCAGAAGAUGACGGUCACUCUGGAGCCCCAGGUGGAGCUGCAGCUGGGCCUGAAGGAGAAGCAGUGGCAGCUGGGCCACGCCCAGGUGCUGCUGCACAACGUGGACAACCAGGCCGUGCUCCUGGACCGGCUGCUGGAGGAGGCGGGCUCCCUGUUCAACAGGAUCGGGGACCCCAGCGUGGACGAAGAGGCCCAGAAGAGGAUGAAGGCCGAGUACGACGCCGUGAGGGCCAAAGCCCAGGACCGGGUGCACGUGCUGGAGCGGGUGGCCCAGGAGCACGAGCAGUACCAGGCGAGCGUGGAGGAGUUCCAGCUGUGGCUGAGGGCCGUGGUGGAGAAGGUGCACGGCUGCAUGGGGCGGGGCUGCGCGUUGCCGGCCACGCUCCGCCUCUCAGCGCUGCAGGACAUCGCCAAGGAUUUCCCCCGGGGCGAGGAGUCUCUGAGGAGGCUGCAGGAGCAGUCCGAGGGCGUCAUUCAGAACACCUCUCCUCUGGGCGCGGAGAAGAUCUUGGAAGAACUGGAGGAGAUGCGGAAGGUCCUGGAGAAGCUGCGCGGCCUCUGGGAGGAGGAGGAGGAGCGGCUGCAGGGACUGCUCUCGUCCAGGGGGGCCUGUGAGCGGCAGAUUGGGCUGCUGGAGGCCGAGCUUGGAGAGUUCAAGAAGGGACUUCAGAGGCUGGCCCAGGAGGGCCUGGAGCCUGCGGGGAAGGAGGCAGGGACCGAGGACGAGCUGGUGGCCCGCUGGAGGCUGUACUCGGCAACACGGGCAGCGCUGGCCUCCGAGGAGCCCCGGGUGGCCUGGCUACAGGCCCAGCUGAAGGACCUCGUGGCCUUCCCCGACCUGCAGCCGCUCUCCGACAGCGUGGUGGCCGCCAUCCAGGAGUACCAGAGCAUGAAGGGGAAGAGCACCAAGCUCCGCAACGCCACGGGGGUGGAGCUGUGGCAGGGCUUCCAGCGUCCCCUGCAGGGCCUGCAGCUGUGGAGGGCCCUGGCCCAGCGGCUCCUGGGGGUCACCGCCAGCCUGCCAGACCUGCCCUCCAUCCACACCUUCCUGCCCCAGAUCGAGGCGGCCCUGGCAGAAAGCUCCCGCCUCAAAGAGCAGCUGGCGAUGCUGCAGCUGAAGACGGACCUGCUGAGCAGCAUCUUUGGCCCAGAGCAAGCCAGCGCCCUCCUGGAGCAGGUGGCGAGUUCCGUGAGGGACAGGGACCUGCUGCAUAACAGCCUCCUGCAGAGGAAGAGCAAGCUGCAGAGUUUGCUUGAUCAGCACAAGGACUUUGGGGCUGCUUUUGAACCCCUACAGAGGAAGCUCUUAGACCUCCAAGUUAGAAUCCAAGCCGAGAAAGGGCUUCAACGGGACCUUCCUGGAAAACAGGCCCAGCUCUUGAGGUUGCAGGGGCUGCAGGAAGAGGGGCUGGAGCUGGGCCUGCAGAUGGAAGCCAUGCAGCCUCUUGUCCAGGGGAAUCCCAACCACCAGCACAAGAUGGACCAGCUUACUUCUGACCACCAGGCCCUGCAGAGGCCCCUGGAGGACCUUGUGGACAGGUGUCGGCAGAGCGUGCGGGAGCACUGCACCUUCAGCCACCAGCUGCAGGAGCUGCGGCAGUGGGUCACUGUGGUCACACAGCUGCUGGAGUCACAUCAGCGGGACGUGGGCCCGUGGGAUGCUGCGUCCCGAGAGGCCGAGGUGGAGAGGCUGCUGGCUGACCUCCCUGAGAAGGAGGCCCAGCUGCCCCUGGUCGAGGCGCACGGCCAGCUGGUGAUGGAGAAGUCUUCUCCUGAGGGGGCGGCCUUGGUCCAGGCGGAGCUGCGGGAGCUGGCGGAGGCUUGGCGGGCCCUGAGGCUGCUGGAGGAGCACCUACUGAGCCUCAUCAGAAGCCAGCAGCUGCAGAGUACAGAGGUGGACACUGGGAAGAAGCUGGUCUUCACCAACAACAUCCCGAAGUCUGGGUAUCUCAUCAACCCCACGGACCCUGUUCCCAGGCAUCGUCGUGGGCUCUGGCCCUGUGUGUUCCUGCAGGCCCAUCUGCUGGAGGAAGCAGGAGGCAGCCAUGAAGACUUCCCCCAGCUCCUGAGGAACUUUGAGCAGUGGCUACAGGUAGAAAACUCCAAGCUCAUACGGACCAUUGCAAUGAGAACCAGCACCGCCAAGGACUUGAAGACCAGAGAGACGAAGCUGCAGGAGCUAGAGGCUCGAGUGCCGACAGGUCAGCAUCUAUUUGAGAAUCUUCUUCGUCUUGGGCCAGCAAGGGGCACCUCGGACGAGCUGGAGGAUCUGCGUUACCGCUGGAUGCUGUACAAGUCCAAGCUCAAGGACUCCAGCCACCUGCUGACGCUGAGUUCUCCCGGGGACCCCACCGGAUUCCAAAAGACGCAGCGGCGGUGGUGGCGGCGGCGGCGGUGCGGGCUCCUCUGGAAGGCGUGCUGCGUGGCGCUCCCGCUGCAGAUGCUCUUCCUGCUCUUCCUGCUCUUCCUCCUCCUGCUCCCGGUGGGGGAAGAGGACCGCAGCUGCACCCAGGCCAACAACUUCGCCCGCUCUUUCGCGCUCAUGCUGCGCUAUAGUGGCCCUCCGCCCACCUAGCCCACUGGGGCACGCAGGUGACGUCCUUUCCCAACCGCCAGCAGUCCCAGGGCCCCUCCUGAGGUUGCCUGCUGGGGAAACUGGAACCGGGCAGGCCAGAGACCACAGAGCUGCCUGGGCAUAAAUCCCGCGCCAGGGUUUCCAGAACAAACUCGCUUUUUAUACAGUGGUCAUCGUCCGUUUAUACCUAAAUGUGUAUGUGUAUGACUCGGGACAACGUCUAGGACUUUUAUAUACACCUAUGUAAACGCUCAGUAUGUCCAACUUCCUAUGUGAUGUCUCUCUAGUUAGCAAGGUUCCUAUCAGUGUCCUUCUCCAGGGGGACUUUGUGGCAUUUGUGCCUUGGCCUGCCAUCGGCCCUGACAAGCAGGAAUAGCUACACACAACGUUAUGACAAACUCUCACCCAGAAGCCAGUCCCCAACCCAGGUGUCAGAGCUGUGAGCACAGGAGAGCAGAACAGACCCUCGCUCACUGGGAGCUCAGGGGCUCUUGCUUUACGCAGGAUGAGAACAAACACGCUGACUUCAUCUUAAAGCCUGGAAGAGAGGUAGAGAGAGUGAGGGUGGGAGAGGGCACCGUGGGGGCAGUGGGAGGUGGAAGAGGCAGUGACAUUCAGGGAGGCGGGGACGAACCCUGAAGAGCAGACACAGAACUAGGAGAGCACAGCGUAAGGGGGCACUGAGCAAGGGUGGCACCAAGUGCCGGCGUUCUGAGAGCACAGACCCACAGCGGGUGUCCCUGGCGUGUUCCGGAUGGGCUUAGAUUUUGUCUGUGUCUUGUUCAGGAAGAAGGGAAGGAGAUAGGCUUUACUUUUUAUUUCGACAUGAGGGUGAAAUGCUCCCAGGUAGCAGCCCCGGCAGCUGCAAGGAGAGUUGUGUGACGUCUGCAGCCGUGGGACUGAGUGUUGUCACCUAGAAGCUGAGCUGAAGGGGAGCUCUGGCCACACUGAGGUAGGGACGGAGGGUCCAACACAGACAAGACUCAGCCUCGGAGCGCAGCCUGUCCGAAGGGUGCUCCUUCCCCUUCCCACAGGGGCACUGGAGGCAGCCAGGUCACUGGACCAUGAAUGUCUCACCUGCACCCCCUGGGGUCCCAGGGCCCAGGCCACCAGCCUGGCCUUUAGAUCAGGUCUAGGCACGUGGGCUCCAUGCACUACCUGGGAUGUGGCCAAGGUGACUCCAUGUUGGGUCCCAGAGUCAGAAAUAUCUCUUCCUCCCAGGGGGAUUCUGGGAUGGUUCCUAAGUGCCUUCAAAGUAGAUCACAUUUCCAUAAAUGGACACUAAAUUUUCUUUUUUAAAGGACAUAUUUAGUGUUCACUCUUUACAAACAGAUUUUAUCUAUUUAUAAAUAUUUUUAUCUAUUUGCUCAACUGCUAGCAGGAGGCCAGCGGGGGUUCUUCAGGAGUGGUAUCAGACUUGGAAUCAUGAAGUAUUGUAGACACGGGGGAACUUUAAGCAGAGGGGAAACCGAGGCCCAAGAGAGACCUGAGCCCCAGACCACUGCUGUCGCACACAGGCUGGCCCCCUCCCCCCAGCAUUGGCCUGGCCGUGGUGCAGCAGUCCUCAUGGGACCCUGGCUAGGAGGAGCUGAGCAUCUGCAGGGCAGGCAAACUGUGCUGGGGACACUCCAGGCACUGACUCCCCUCCAGAUGUUUGGGAACCAGUCACAAAGGCUGCUCUCAGUAGGCGGCCACUUUUCUGGAAAGUCAGGGGCUGGGUGAACUCAGGGCUCAGGCCAGGCAGCCAAGCACACAUGCUCCCUAGUCAUCUGCUCCAGCCCCAGAUGCUCACCAGUUAAUUGGUCCAGCCCUAGGCCACAGCUGUGGCAGAAGACCUGAGUGCUCCCAUCUGAACUCUCCCACUUCACAGGCAAGAAAUCUGAGGCCUGCAGAGGGAAAGUAACUCACCCAUGGCCACACAGCAAGAGGCUGGGCCAAAGCUGAACCAGUCACCAUGGUCCUCAGGCAGUGCCCUGCUCAGUAUAACACAAUCCCCCCACAUUGGUACCUUCAAAAAGAAAGAGCCAGGCUGGGUUGCAGCUCAGGGGUAGAGCAUUUGCCUGGCACAUGUGAGCCCUGUUUCAAUUCCCAGCACUACCGGAAAGAAAAAAAUGUUUAUCGUGAAUAUAAUUUUGUCUCAGGUGCCCCAUGUUGGGGGUGGGGACAGGGAGUGCAAUAUGAGGCCUGGCUGGCGGGAAUGUCUCCCAAUAUUUUUAAACUUUGAUAACGAUGCCAUAAAAAUUUACUUGUUUGCAUAACUUUUAUUUUUAAAGAGAGAAUUGAUAUUUUCCUUACUUUCAUAUAAACACAGGCAUGAUAUAACGGCCCAUGUA